AUGGCCGUGGCUUUGGACGCAGUGUGGGUGAGGGUGAAGAAUGUCUGCAAACAGAAUGGGCUCCUCAUCAUGUCAGUGAUGGCUGUGGUCAUUGGCUGUCUCCUGGGAUUCUUCCUGAGGACACGGCGUCUCACAGAGCAGGAGGUGAAGUACUUCCAGUUUCCUGGAGAGCUGCUAAUGAGGAUGCUGAAGAUGCUGAUUCUGCCGCUCGUUGUGUCCAGUUUGAUGUCAGGACUGGCUGCCCUCGACGCUAAGUGUUCCAGUCGGCUUGGUCUGAUCACAGUGUCUUAUUACCUGUGGACCACCUUUGUGGCCGUGAUAGUGGGGAUCAUCAUGGUCUCCAUCAUCCAUCCGGGUGGUGCAGCCCAGAAAGAGGACUCCGAGGACAGUGGCAAGCCUAUCAUGAGUUCUGCUGAUGCUCUGCUAGACCUCAUCCGCAACAUGUUCCCAUCGAACCUGGUCCAGGCCACCUUCCAGCAGUAUCGAACGAGCAGUGAGUACAUCGUGAAACCCAAACCCACAGUGAGUCAGGCCCAAUCACAGUCCACCACACGGCGAGCGCUCAUCUACGGUAUCCAGGACGACAAUGGAACUGACAUCCAGAACUUUGCCCUUGACCUGACUCCGCCCCCUGAUGUGCUCAUACGCACACGGGAAGGAACAAGCGAUGGAAUGAACGUCCUUGGAAUAGUGAUUUUUUCAGCCACCAUGGGUAUUAUGUUGGGGAGAAUGGGGCCGAAUGGCAGCGCCUUGGUGAACUUCUGCCAGAGUCUGAACGAGGCCGUCCUUCGAAUCGUUGCCAUUGUUAUAUGGUACUUCCCGUUUGGCAUCGUGUUCCUGGUGGCUGGUAAGAUCCUGGAGAUGAGUGAUCCUUCAGCCAUGGGGAAGAAGCUGGGAUUCUACGCCGUCACGGUGGUGUUUGGUCUGGUGCUGCACGGCUUGUUCAUCCUGCCUGCCAUGUACUUCUUCAUCACCAAAAAGAGCCCCAUCGUUUACAUCCGGGGAAUCCUGCAGGCGCUGCUCAUCGCGCUCGCAACCUCCUCCAGCUCUGCCACGUUGCCUAUUACCUUCAAGUGCCUCCUGGAGAACAACCACAUCGACCGCCGUAUCAUUCGCUUCGUGCUCCCCGUGGGCGCCACCAUCAACAUGGACGGCACCGCUCUCUAUGAGGCUGUGGCAGCCAUAUUCAUUGCACAAGUUAACAAUUACGAGCUGGACUUUGGCCAGAUCAUCACCAUCAGCAUCACAGCCACUGCAGCCAGUAUUGGUGCUGCAGGGAUACCACAAGCUGGACUCGUCACCAUGGUGAUUGUGUUAACAUCUGUGGGGUUGCCAACCGACGACAUCACUCUGAUUAUCGCUGUAGACUGGGCUCUAGACAGGUUCCGCACCAUGGUGAAUGUCAUGGGAGAUGCUUUGGCCACAGGCAUCAUGGCACACAUCUGCAGGAAAGACUUCAUGAAGGAGGGAGACGGGGUGCCUUUGAUCUGUGAGGCCAAACCAGCGAUGAACACGCCACCUCUGAUGAACUGUCACAACAACAACGGGAACUACCGGCCCCCUUCCUCAGGGGCCAAACACGAGCUCCCUCCUGACGUGGCCCGGCUCAUGCAGCUGGAGGAGGGCGUCCGGCCGCCGUCAGACAGGAAGAAGCCUCCGAUUCCCCCGAGGCACCUGAAGAAAAGCAAAGAGCACUGUACCAUUGACAUGAAUGGCCUUGAGACCAACGUAUAGCCUCCUCCAGGAAUUUCAAGGGUUUUCUACACCUGUGCUGCCUGGACACCUGUACAGGUAGGAGGACAGCACGACCGAGCUCUUCUUCUUCUUCCAGCUGUGGCCGUGGAAACUUUGUGGAAGGAAUUUUAAUGUCGUCGUAGCUGUGAAAUGGUUUCUGACUGGACAAGACUCAUGUUGGCAGAGGAAUUAAAAGGACAACAGCAUGAUUCUGCUCAUAAAACUGGUUCUUGGUCUGGACCUUCAGGCCGAGCCUGCACCUGAACUCUGCACCUGAACUCCCAGAUGUGGAAUCAGCUGCGAGCGCUGGCAUUGAUUCACUGAUUUCUACUUGAUAUUUACAUUUUCUAUGAUUUUUUUUCUGUGUACAACAUGAUGUUAAUAAGAUGAAUAUUUCUAAUGUUUUGUACUACGCUGCAAGCCGCCAGCUGUUUGUGUCCGAAGCAUCAGGUGAGGACUGCAGGCGUCUGGUGUGAGCUGAAUGAUCCGGAGGCAAAGAGAAAUGCCCCCACUGUUUAAUUCUGCCUUAAAAAGCUGGUGGUACUGACGGUGAAGAAGAAGAAGAAGAAGAAGAGUCCUGGCUCAUGAACAGCCUAAAAUCAACCACUGGCAGUUUAACACAAAGCGUACAGGGUGAGUGGAAACAUCCUGUAUGUGCAGCACGUGAACGCUGGAGCUUCUCUGCUCGUUGAACUUGUCUCCAUGAUGCACUGAAGGUGUGAGGGUUGGAUGGUUUCAGGUCUGUCAGUGGAAACAGGAAGUUCUGUGGCUGUAAUGACUCCUCCUCUCACAGCGUGAAGCGACUGCACCUCAGCACACAACCAGCUUUAUUCACACGCUGCUCCUCCUAUAACACACACUGUUCACAGUAAUAAUCCUUGUGUGUCAUCGCUGUGGGGGGGGGGGGGGGGGGGCAGCUCAUACAGGCCAGAAAUCAGUGACAGUGACACAGAGGCAGAAAAUUCCUCUCCACAGCUCAGUCACAGGGAAGUCUGAUGAAUCCUGGGACGUCUUUGGAAGUCUCAGUCCUGGCAGCUGUGAGCUGUCUGUCCUGUCUGAUACUGUAGAUGGAAGCAUUAAAGGCACAAUCAUUUUUUCAUAGUAAAAUUAACCUGUGAAGUC